AGUUGUCCACCCUGGGAUGCGCUGUCCCUUAGAAGCCUUUUUCUCUAGCCGGUGUCAGGCAGGGCCCCACAGGUUGCUCAGCCUGUGCCUGUAGCCUCUGUAACUCCAGGUGCCCGUUUCAGUCCCCAGUUUCCUGGGGUUCCCUGGUGGGGAGAGAGAGCUGCAGUUUGCAGGCUGUGUGCUAAAAGGGUUUGCAGAAUGGCUGCCAGCCAGUGCUCAGGGGCUUGGCCAAGGGCAGAGGAGAAAUGAAGAGAUUAAUUCAGCAAAUACUGCUGUGCCACACUUAAUAAAGGAGCUAAGGAGAGGCCUGGACAGCCCUGGCCAUCUUUUGGCAUCUGCUCUGCUGCCUCAGGGACAGUUGAGGCAUCGAUUUGCUUAGGAUCCUUGGCCAGGACAAAGGAAUAGCCAGCUGGUGGCACUGGAUUACCCGCCCCCAGGCAGCUACCAGCCCUCUGCAGAGCUCAGGAGGUCACAGCGUCUGAAGUCGGGGGGGGAGCCCCACACAUCUGAAAUGGGCCACUGCAGCUGGGGACUGCAGGGCUUUGGCAGGGUGUGGGUUCUGUGCUGCCCCCUCAGCUGGCAGCAACGCAGCAGCGACAGUGUGGAAAAGCUGUGAGCAAGGGACUGUGCUCCAUUUGGGCUUUUAGCAGAGGAAGGUGAAGACCGCAAAGUCUGUGAAGCGUUGGGGAGGUUCAGUCCUGGUGACGGAGGUACUGAGAGGAAGGGGUUUGCUUUUGGAGGGACAGGGGAAAGAGCCCUGGCUCUGUGGCUGCAGGGGAGGGCAGGACCAGGCAGUCUGGGACCAGGAGCUUACGUGGCAGGAGAGGGUAGGCAGCAGCACCCGGGCAGGUGCUUGCCCCGCCCAGCUGGUGUCCCUGGGCCACCGCGGUGGCUCCUCUGUGACCUCACCGUGGAGCUGAUGUCCGGGUGCAGCAUGCGGUGCUGGCUCCUGCUGCUCACCCUGCUGCUGGGGGCUGCUCUCCCGCUGCCCCUGCGCCAGAGGGUCAGCUACUCAGUCCCUGAGGAUUUCUCUGCUCCCUUGGAGCUUCCACAGCAGCACUUUGGCCUGGUGGACGAUUAUGGCAUCAAACCCAAGCAACCUCGCUUCAGGACCCAGGUGGCCCAGGCACGGCCAGCAUGGCUGCACAAAGCUGGCAAGAGAAAACGUGACAAGCUUGACUUGCUGGAGUACUACUACGAUGCCCGCCUGUGAGCCAGCGUGCCACUGUGGCCACCGCAGCCCAGCCUCGGGGACCUCCCUGCCUGCCCUCUGCUGCUGCAGCA